GGAUAUCUUUUAUCUCUAUCUAUCUAUCCAUUUGAGAAAGAACCCCUUUUGUAUCUGGGUUGUGAAUUAUCAGGAUUUUAUACAUAUAUUUAUAUAUAUCUAUAUCUAUAUACACAUACAAACAUACAAACAUAUCUACUACAAAAUCAAAACAAAAUGUCCAAUCCCAACUCCUCUUCUCCCGACGAUGUGAAAAACACAAGCACAUCCGCAUCGACCAUAAGCGAUUUCCUGCCAUCGUUGAAAACUCCAGGUGUCCAAAACAUAGAAUCGGCAUAUUCCCGCGCCGGCGCAGGUAAUCAUCAUACGCCGGGCUAUGCAUCGACACUCGGUUCGCAGUCGCAGAAACCGGGGAGUGAGGGGGUGCAGGGGGUGGGGAGUGAGAAGUUCAAGGAGGGGAUUAGUGAUCAGAGGGUUGAGCCAUCUGUCGUGGGCAAAGUGUUUAAUAACUUAAUCAACGGUACGGAUCAAUCGAAGUGAGAAGGGGACUGAGGAGAUGAGGUGAAGAUGGUGGUUUCUGGGUUUGUUUGUUAAGUAUGGCAAAUGAUUGGGUGUUCACUCACUCCCCUUUUUUGAAAUGGAUCGGGGGUGAUCUUGGAAUGAAAUUUGGAUUGCAUGGUGUGGUUAUGGUAUCUUUAAGGGAUUACAGUGUAUGAUAUGAAUGGAUAGGAUAGGAUAGGAUACGACAGGAUGUAUGAAUAGAAGAAUUAAAGUAUUGUAUAUAUAUAAAUACUACUUAAUACUCUAAGCAUACAUAUAGUAUAUUAAUGAAUGAAUAGUUGAUAUAUAAUCUCA